CAUGGGGCAUGUGCAAACCUUUUACAUCACUAGGGUGUGUGAGGUAGUGUGUCUGUGUGUGAAAGUGCUCAGAAACCACAGUGUAUUUUUUGGGGGUCCAUCUUGGUUUUACUGGGUUCAAACAUGAACCUGUUUUGCUUCACUCUGGAUGGCUCCUCAGAGAGUAUAUAUGAACCACCCCUCAACUCAGGGCUGAAGGAAGUGUUACCCAAAUACCACUGCAGUCCUCUUUUAAGGCGUAGACCUCCAUGGACUGGCUCAGAUCCAAACAUUAGUAAUGUACAACCACCAGAUAAUGUAAGAUUAAAAAGACACAAUAGAAGGUCUUGUAUUCCAUCUUCAGCACUGGAAAAUGAAACAUCAGAAACAGAUUAUACAUGUUGGACAUCAUCAGGUCUGUGGAAGAAUCAUCAAGAGACAGAACUCAAAAUGGAGACAUCUAAAGCAGCCUGUCAUAGCAACACAGAAGACAGAAUGAUGGAGAUAAACUGUGGAAAAAUGAAAAAUAGUCUUCUAGUUCAGAGUGGGAAAAGCAGAGAUGAGAUAGAUGAACCGAUGACUUCAACAGCAAGAAGAUUGAAGAUGUUACAUGAUUUGAUGAAAGCCAAAAACGGGCGUUGGAGUUCCUCUGGAAAAGGAAAGCAUCAGCCUAAUAAUAGCAAUGUGCCAAGUAAGAGCAACCCAGUAUUGACCUGCAUCAGCCUUGGCAAAAGAGUUGAAAAGAAAUCUUGCCAAACUGAUCAGCAGCUGCAGCAAGAAGAAGUAAAUAACAGUGAGGAUCUAAAGAGUGAGGACGUUUCGAGCUCGAUUGACUCUUCUCAGCCCUGUUCGCCCUACUACUACACUUGUAGCCAACCUGGACAUGAGUUGUGGGUCUGCGGUGGUAAUUUGUUGCUUCCCCGAGCAACAGAAUGGGAUCGUUUUGAGAGUCUGAUUCAGGAACUUGACAGAAAAGAAGCUGAUCUUCCUUCGACCACCAUUCCAGAGUCUUCCACAGAUACUCAAUCAACAGAAAACUCAUCCAAAUUUGGAAAAUUGGGCACCCCCACUGUGUUAACGCCAUUUAUGAAACCACUGUACAAUACAAACUCUUUGUUGGAACAGAGUGGAACCAAACAAAGGCGUGGAGAGACUGAGGAACCACCACGGGCUGACACAAGGUCCAGUGAAAAAACAGAAGAGGAAAAAGUUACAGCUUUCACCCAUGUCAACAAUCAAAAACAAGGAACCAAGAGGGAGUCUGGUGACAUGAGGAUAAUCACUGAAAGAUGCAAGCUCUCUAGUACUUCAAUGGAAAGCCUCUAUAGUCGACAAAGUUCCUCAAGUGGAGUCACUAGUGAUUGUUCCAGUAACCGAGGCAGUCUAAGGCUGGAGGAUGAGUUCUUUUGCACAAGACAGUUCUGUGGUCGCGCAAGAGUACAUACAGAGUUUACGCCAAGUCCGUAUGACACAGAAUCUCUCACACUCAAGGUUGGUGAUGUGAUUAACAUCAUCCACAAGCGCCCCAUGGGAAUAUGGACUGGGAUGUUGAAUGACCAAGUAGGCAACUUCAAAUUCAUCUAUGUGGAUGAGUUAACAGGAGGUCCUGAGGCAUACAAGGAAGCACAAAGCCACGGAGCAAAACAAAAAUGUAAAUCGACUGUCCAUGAAGUGUUGAAGCAUCUAAGUUUAGAGGAAUAUUCAUGCUCUUUGGAGCAGAAUGGUUACCAAACAGUAGAUGACUUGAUGAGGCUAAAGGAGCAUCACCUGACAAAACUUAAAGUGACUGAUCCAGUGCACAGGCGUCGUCUGCUCGCGGCUGUUGAGUCCUUUCAACAACUGAGCUCCAAUUGUCACAUGGAGGAGCCAAAUCAAGAGGCCAAGACCCCGGGCGAGAACACGAAAGCUGAUUUGAAUAACUGCGCAAGAGACUCGGGCUGCCACAUGCCAUCUGACAUCACCAACGGCAGAGAGGAGGACACAGACCUUCCCUUUCCUUGUGGAACCCCUGAACCAGCAAAGACGAUGAUUUCAUGAAAUGAUCGAUUGCUUUUUUAGGUGCUCGACGCUCGUGUCCACAGAUCAAAUCUUUAUACUGUAAUCACUCGCCUAAACAAUGCACAGGGGCAAGCACAUGUUGAGCUUUGAGUAUUAAUUCCACCAGUUUACUCCAGCGAAUGUAAGAUUUUGGUUUUCACGAAUAAAAUGAUUGUGGGAAAGUUAUCAAGAGUGUCAAAAUCAUCUUUUGCUGGCCAUAUUGUAGUUAUGGUUUUCUUCGAAGGUCCUAUAUAUGUGACAACCUACGUACUGAAUAUAAAUUAGGAUGGUGUCAUCUUAAUACCAGGGCUGUCAAAAUUAUCGCGUUAACGGGCGUUAAUUAAUUUUUUAAAUUAAUCACGUUAAAAUAUUUGACGCAAUUAACGGAGAUGGCCCGCUCAGACAGAUUUAAAUGACAGUGCU